AGUCCUUCCUUGUAUAAAAACAGAGACAUCUACACAAUGUUGUAAUUACAGAACAGAGUGAAGAAAUUUCUAGACAACAAAAUCAGAGAGAUCUGGGUUUUAAUGAAUAUAUCUUCUAGUUCUGAAAACGUAGCAAAUACAGAGGAGAAAACAGAGUGAUUUAAGCUCUGCAAAUGUCUUUAAUCGGAGAGUUCUAUUUGUUUCUUGAAAGUGAGAAAGUUGAAGGAGAGUGGGAGAAAGAACGAUAGAUUCAUUCAAUUCGAUUACAAUAAUUAUUCAUUUGGAUUCCACAAACAAAAUCAUCUAACGAGAAAACUGAUAUUUACAAGGAGAUUGACGAACAGAAGAAAACCCAAACCUCAACAGGAUUUUUUGAGUGGAUAAAAUGGGAGUUACUGGAACAGAGUCAUCAACUCAUGAAUCCACCACCAUGAAAUCACCACCACAACCGGUGGUGGAUGUUAAAAAUGAAGCCCCUGAAUUAGUGAAAUGUGAUUGUUGUGGAUUAACAGAAGAAUGUACAUUAACAUACAUAUCAAAAGUGAAAGAAAGAUAUCAAGGGAAAUGGAUUUGUGGAUUAUGUGCUGAAGCUGUUAAAGAUGAAAUCUCAAGAUCAUCAUCAUCAGAAGAAGAUAAGAAGAUCACAAUUGAAGAAGCAUUGAAUCUACACAUGAAUUUUUGUAAGAAAUUUAAAUGUUUAUCAUCAUCACCACCACCAAAUCCAACUAAACAUUUAGUUUCAGCCAUGAAACAUUUACUGAGAAGAAGUUUGGAUUCGCCUCCAAGAGUACUAGUUCGAUCGAGCUCGAGUCAUAGUAGCAGUAGUGGUUCUGAUCUAAUUAGAACUAAGAAGAAUUCUGAUCAUAAUGUUGUUCAUCUUACUCGAUCUGGUAGUUGUUUCUCUACCCUUGCUCGUUGAAUCCAAGAACAACCAGUUGGUCAAGCACUUGGUGGUUGUACCAAGAGGUAUGCAGUUGAAUUUUAUUUACAUCAUAGGUUAGGUCCAAGAAAUAAUUAUUACGGGUAUAAUAAGUUGUUGCAACCACCAGCGGCCGCCGCCGCCACCGCCACAACGUCCAAGGUUCAAAUCAUAAAAAGACCAAUAAGAUAUAGUAGUGGCAGAGCCACGGAGGGAUUCAAGGUUCAAGUCAUGGCAGAGUCAGCAUAAAAUAAGUACUAGCUAGUAAUUCAAUGGUGGCAGCAAAGCCAUUCAUUACCCCCUAUGGCAAAGCCAUUCGCGGUUACUUUUAAGGUGUAUCUGGCAAAUGAUUAUGACAUGGUGGCAGCAAGGUCUUUUAAAUUUUAAGCUUAGUUAAAUGUAAAAUUUUAUAUGAUUUGGAUGAGACAAGGCUGAAUGAAAUAUUUUUUGUUCCUUUGUGGAGUACA